UUAAGUGUUCUUCUUCAAUAAAAGAAAUUUAUAACAUGUGAAGGAAUUGAACAUUUGUGCAGUUUAAGGGAAAACGUUAGUUCAGUGCUGGACAGUGUUUUUAACAGAGUUAUAAACAUAAAUAAUUGUGGUGUCUCUUUAAAUCGUCGCAUUCAUGGAGUUGUCAUGUGUCAUCUUUUGCAUUCUUUUUAUCGCGGGACAAUGCGAAUCAGCAGCGAUUCAACCAAAAAUUAACACCACUUCCCCGUCGUUGUCUGCGAUGAAUUUUAUGGAGAAGUAUGGAUACCUGGAGGGUGGUCACACCGAUUCAGCCGCAUUGUACACGGAAAACGCUAUAACAGAGGCCGUGAAAACUUUGCAAAAAUUUGGCAAUAUUGUAAUUACUGGACAACUGGAUAAUGCGACACUUGAGUUAAUGGCGUCUCCACGAUGCGGUGUUCCGGAUAUUUUAAAAAAAGAGGAGCAUGAACAACCCAGGAAAUAAAAUAGGAAUGCUAGGAAGAAGAAACAUUACUUAUUUAAUUUUGGAACUCACAACACAUGCAAGCCAUCGCGAUUCCGCCAUAAGGGAACGCAUUACAUUUGGACCAUGGGGA